CUUUUUUUUUAUUUUUUGUUUUUCUCGCUUCCAGUUCUCUUCCACCCACCAACCUCCAAACAAAGGGUUCUCUUUUUGUGCUCUCCGCCAGUCUCUUCAUCUCUAUACUUCUCUAUUGGGUUUUUCUUGUCCCUUUCCUUCACCCUCUUUCUCUCUCUAAGAACAGCAGGCAAGGAUGCAAGUCUCUAAGAGGUACUCUCCUUCUGAGAUCUCUCUCCACACCACCAAGAAGGAUUGCUGGUUGUUCAUCCAUGGCAAGGUUUAUGAUGUGACCACCUUCUUGGAGGACCACCCUGGAGGGGAGGAGGUGCUGCUUAAUGCCUCAGCCAAUGGAGAUGCAACUGAGUCAUUUGAGGAGGUGGGCCACAGCUCCACAGCCAUCAGCAUGAUGGAGAGCUACGUGAUCGGUGUCGUCGAAGGCUACGAGGGCAGCGCUGCCGGCGGAGGAGCCCCAAACACCAAGGGAGCAAUGGGUGGGGGUGCUGUCAGUGCCAGGACACUGAAAGAGAGGAGACCCCCACCUUCCUCCAGCUUCUUGGACCUCCUCCUUCCUGUGCUGAUCCUUGGCCUGGCCUUUGGUGCUUGGUAUUACCUCACCUUCUAUUCCAAAGCCAAGGCAUAACAACCAUCAAAAGGUCAAGUUUGGUUGGAUGAAUAUUCAUAGCUAAGAUUUUCAGAGGGAUGGAGAGUCAUGUGAAAUAAAAUAAAAGCCUUGAAGAUGAUAUCUUUAUGGCUAGGGAGAAAGUUUUGCAAGUAGUCUUGGUGGGUUUACCAAACUUCUGUGUUUGUUGCUAUCUCUACCCAUGUUUUGUCUGAAAGUAAGAAUCUAUUUGAAGAACUUCAUAUUGGAAGUGAACCCAUUACAUUAAUCUCUUGUGGAAGGAGUUCACACUAAUCGCCUUUCUUUGUUACAGUAUCACCAUGAACCAAUUCAAUAUCAUAGCUCUUGUAUUGCCUCUUGUUAUGUUGAUUCAAAUCUUUGUACUGGAGUUUUAUUGCCAGCAAGCCAAGAACUUAUUGGAGAAAUGAAUGGUUGGAAAAUGUUUGAA